UGUCCCAGAAACCACAAAAUAUUCUAUACCUAUGCCCCCACCAUUCUAUAGAUUUAUGCCGAGUCCAAAACCACUUGACACACCUUGCCAACUUGCCCUUCCUUCAAAAACCAAAGAGAGACAGACCGACCCCGAGAAGAAACAAAGAAACAAACAUGGGAAGCAACAAAACCUACGAGGAAGAAGAAAGCACGGUUCUAUUUUCCCAUUCCCAAACACAAACAGAGUUGUUACCCUUCAACGAGAACGACCCGCAGGACAUGGUCAUAUACCAAGUCCUCAACGAAGCCAAUGCUCUCACCAACACAUUUCUCCCUCAGAGGCUUCACCAACCUCAGUUGUGCCUCGAGCCCACCAGAAACAUAACAAAGAAGCACUACAGAGGAGUUCGGCGCCGCCCCUGGGGAAAAUACGCCGCUGAGAUUCGCGACUCUGCCCGCCACGGCGCCAGAAUAUGGCUCGGCACCUUCCAAACCGCUGAAGAGGCUGCCAUGGCUUAUGACCGAGCCGCGUUCAAGAUGAGGGGCUCCAAGGCUUUGCUCAAUUUCCCAGCUGAAAUUGUUGCUGCAACGGAGUUAUCUUUCAAUAAUACUAAUAGUAACAAUCACGAUGCUGUUUCUGAUUCCAGUGCUGGUAGCUCUUGCACGAACAAUUCCGUUCAGCUAAAUAGGAAUCAGUCAGAAAGCUGCACAAGUAGCACAGGUUAGCUAAAUGGGGUUCAACAAUUAAUUGUAGAAAUCUUCUUUUUUUUUUUCGCAAUUGGGUUGGUUUGUUAUAAUUAUUAUAAUUAUUUGUAUCUGUCUGUCUUACAGGACACCGAAAAUUAAUUAAUUUAAUGUGAUACCAUGUUCAUGAAUGGGUUAAAAUUGUAAUGGUUGCUGAUUUUUUUUCUUGCUUUCCCUCUUGGUUUAGUGUUAAUUAAUUAAGUGUUCUUUGUUUU